AUGCCUUGCGGUAACCUGGAGACCAUCCACCAUCGAGCGCUUGUAUUGACUCAGCUCAGAAAGUGUCUGGACAGCCAGAAGGCCUUUGAGUGCAUGAGGAAGCUGCGGAUCAACCUCAACCUGAUUUACGACCACAACCCCAAGGUUGGUAAGCGCCCCCAGCCAGGUCACUUCUCCUUCACCUAACCUGUCUGUGACCUUCUGGUGUGGAAUGGCACUUACAACAAGACGAAUGAAGUACAAAUAAUUUACUUCAGUAGCUAGUUUUCCAUCCAAUUGGUGACAGAUUUUCAUGCGAAUAUUCAAAAAUCUGCAUAAAGAAAAUGUCCACCAAACAGACUUGUUGCGAAUACAAAUCUGUGUGUGACAACGUAGUGCACAUAAAUUGUACUUUUUCGCUUUAGUUUUCAUGUACCGAAUAAAAAUCUUAAAUUCUAUGUGUUGCCGUCGCAUUUUCAACUCUACCGAUUGUUUUGUCACUUACUGUUGUUAAAUAUCAAAUGUGCCUACUCUGGUCUUGGCAUGUGCGCUCUAGCCAACAGCUGGCAGAUACAAUGUGGGUAGGCUAGUCUACAUGAUGAGAUUAUUAUGGAUAUUUUGAUUUGUCAAAUGGCAGUCAAGCAUCGAUCAUCAUGUCACCAGAAUAAGACCCUCAAUAUUUAUUAUAUAUAUAUUAUUAUAUUAUAUAUUUAUUGGAAAUGAGCAUCAAGCUCAUCAUCUUGCACUUUCACCACCCGGUGAAGUUCAUCAUAAUUUAUUUAAUCUGUAGCCUAAUAAAUUGCAUGCUUUCCGGAGUCGUAGUGGGAGGACCACACACCAUAUCAUCAUGUGACUCCAAGUUUACUUCGAUAUGAUGGUUAUUAUAUCAAUAUUUGCGUAUAAAGGCGUUUCCGCCGCCAUUUCCCGCAUAAUUAAUUUUACAUUUAAAUUUUUUACAUUUUCGUCAUUUAGCAGACGCUCUUAUCCAGAGCGACUUACACAUUGGUGCAUUCACCUUAUAGCCAGUGGGACAACCACUUUACAAUUGUUAUUAUUUUAAAAUUUUUUGGGGGGGGGGUAGAAGGAUUACUUUAUCCUAUCCCAGGUAUUCCUUAAAGAGGUGGGGUUUCAAGUGUCUCCGGAAGGUGGUGAGUGACUCCGCUGUCCUGGCGUCGUGAGGGAGCUUGUUUCACCAUUGGGGUGCCAGAGCAGCGAACAGUUUUGACUGGGCUGAGCGGGAACUGUGCUUCCGCAGAGGUAGGGGAGCCAGCAGGCCAGAGGUGGAUGAAUGCAAUGCCCUCGUUUGGGUGUAGGGACUGAUCAGAGCCUGAAGGUACGGAGGUGCCGUUCCCCUCACAGCUCCGUAGGCAAGCACCAUGGUUUUGUAGCAGAUGCGAGCUUCAACUGGAAGCCAGUGGAGUGUGCGGAGGAGCGGGAUGACGUGAGAGAACUCACCAGACGGGCUGCGGCGUUCUGGAUGAGUUGUAGGGGUUUAAUGGCACAGGCAGGGAUCCCAGCCAACAGCGAGUUGCAGUAAUCCAGACGGGAGAUGACAAGUGCCUGGAUUAGGACCUGUGCCACUUCCUGUGUAAGGCAGGGUCGUACUCUGCAAAUGUUGUAGAGCAUGAAUUUACAGGAUCGGGUCACCGCCUUGAUGUUAGCGGAGAACGACAGGGUGUUGUCCAGGGUCACGUCAAGGCUCUUUGCACUCUGGGAGGAGGACACAACGGAGUUGUCAACCGUGAUGGCGAGAUGGAACGGGCAGUCCUUCCCCGGGAGGAAGAGCAGCUCCGUCUUGCCGAGGUUCAGCUUGAGGUGGUGAUCCGUCAUCCACACUGAUAUGUCUGCCAGACAUGCAGAGAUGCGAUUCGCCACCUGGUUAUCAGAAGGGGGAAAGGAGAAGAUUAAUUGUGUGUCGUCUGCGUAGCAAUGAUAGGAGAGGCCAUGUGAGGAUAUGACAGAGCCAAGUGACUUGGUGUAUUGCGAGAAUAGGAGAGGGCCUAGAACUGAGCCCUGGGGGACACCAGUGGUGAGAGCACGUGGUGCGGAGACAGAUUCUCGCCACGCCACCUGGUAGGAGCGACCUGUCAGGUAGGACGCAAUCCAAGAGUGAGCCGCGCCGGAGAUGCCCAACUCGGAGAGGGUGGAGAGGAGGAUCUGAUGGUUCACAGUAUCAAAGGCAGCAGAUAGGUCUAGAAGGACGAGAGCAGAGGAGAGAGAGUUAGCUUUAGCAGUGCGGAGAGCCUCCGUGACACAGAGAAGAGCAGUCUCUGCAGACACCAAAAGUGUGACCAGUCUUGACAGACACCAAAAGAUCCCACUGUGUCGAACAAACAAAUGAUCUGUCGGCAUUUAUACAAUUGUAAUGAAACUUCCUGUAUCCAUCACAGCUGUCAGGAUUUGUUGUUGUUGUACGGUAUGACUUUACUCUCAUAAAAACUGUGGAUGGAAACGUGGUUACUGACUGUUGUUCCUUUCUGGUAGGUGUUUUUAGAGAGCGUGGAGACCUUCCUUAGACAGCUAGACUCUAUCAACCACAUCAACCUGUUCCUCACAGAGCUCAAGUAAGAGCCUAUUUUAUUUUACAACAAUUACAAAAAAUGCCCAUUUGUAAUGUAUUUUAGGAAAUUGUAAUUAGUCAGUCAACCGUAUUUUUAUUUUAUUUUACAGAGAGGAAGAUACCACUACGACAAUGUACCCAUACCCAUUGAACACUACAGGCCAGUCAGCCCCUGGGGCUUGUGGGAAGAAGGUUGACAUUGUUUGUGAUGCGCUACACUGCACCAUGGAAUCUAUGGACCAACACAAGUGAGUGCGCUCUUGAUACAGGUUAACUUUUUUGUCAAUGAAAACUAAUACAAUUUGAUUUGUAUUGCUCUAUUUACAGAACAUUUGAACUAGUAUUGUACUCAAAUCAUGUUUCUUUUACACUUCAUUGUGAGUGUAAUAUUGUUAUUAUCACCCACAGGUACUGCCUGUCUAUUUUGAAGUCACAUGUGAAGAAGACUGUUCCUGAGCUGGAGGUUGCCCUGCAGAAAGUCCACGAGCUUCAAGGUAAUACAGACACAAGCAGAUCAGCAAGAGCAAUAAGAAAUUGUUAAAAUCUGAAAAUCCAUGUAUCUAUUGUUUGUGUGUAUUUGUAGUGAACCCACCCAGUGCAGCCAACGCGGUGAGUGCGGAGGAGGCUCUGAAGUACCUGUUGUUCCUGGUCAAUGUCAACGAGCUGUAUGAACACACUCUGGGCACCUACGACGUUGACUUGGUCCUCAUGGUGGCUGAGAAGUCCCAAUAGGUCAGUGACAGAAGAAUAGUACUGCAGGUAAACCGUACCUAAUAGUUACUAUGAUGAAGCCAUUGCUGCAGAAACUUUGAUGAACGUUCACUGCAAAUGGAGAAAAGGCCGCUACUUAAAUGUAUUUUCAUGUGUAUUAAAGAAGAUGAAUUGUCUGUUUCCCUCCCAAACAUUCAAGGACCCCAAAGAGUACCUUCCCUUGCUGAACAUGCUGAAGACUCUGGAGCCCAACUACCAGCGCUACACCAUCGACAAACACCUGAAGAGAAACAGGAAGGCCCUGCACCACCUCAGCAAGUGUGGUGAGUGUCCUGCAAUAGGCAUUUCAUUAAACCGACAAUUACUUAAUUGAAAGGAAUGACCUAGACUGGAUGUGGUGUUUUGUACCAGGUGAGGAGCACUUCAACGAGGCCCUAAAUCUGGUGAAGGACCAGAGGCUGUAUAGUGAAGCCUUGGGGCGCUAUCCAACAGACAGCCCUCAGUACAAGGUAAUGCGUUCUCACACAUUACUAAAUAAGUAGCCACACCGUGUGCUACUGUUAUGUCUCUGACCUCUAACCUCCAACACUGACCUCUGUCUAGGCCCUGAGCUGUGCCUACGCUGAGUACAUGGUGGAGCAGCAGCAGGCGGAGCAGGCAGGGUUGUUGCUGUGGCGCUGCGGCGAGGCAGUCCGUGCCCUCCAGGCCUUCGUGGGCAGUGCCAGCUGGAGGAACGCUCUCUGUGUGGCAGAGCAGAUCCCCCUUCCACCCGACCAGCUGGCACUGCUGGCUAGGGACCUGACGGGUACAGUUGAAGUCGGAGGUUUACAUACACCUUUGCCAAAUACAUUUAAACUCAGUUUUUCACAAUUCCUGACAUUUAAUCCUAGUAGAAAUUCCCUGUCUUAGGUCAGUUAGGAUCACCACUUUAUUUUAAGAAUGUGAAAUGUCAGAAUAAUAGUAGAGUGAUUUAUUUCAGCUUUUAUUUAUUUCAUCACAUUCCCAGUGGGUCAGAAGUUUACAUACACUCAAUUAGUAUUUGGUAGCAUUGCCUUUAAAUUGUUUAACUUGGGUCAAACGUUUCGGGUAGCCUUCCACAAGCUUCCUACAAUAAAUUGGGUGUAUUUUGGCCCAUUCCUCCUGACAGAGCUGGUGUAACUGAGUCAGGUUUGUAGGCCUCCUUGCUCGCACACGCUUUUUCAGUUCUGGCCACACAUUUUCUAUAGGAUUGAGGUCAGGGCUUUGUGAUGGCCACUCCAAUACCUUGACUGUUGUCCUUAAGCCAUUUUGCCACAACUUUGGAAGUAUGCUUGGGGUCAUUGUCCAUUUGGAAGACCCAUUUGCGACCAAGCUUUAACUUCCUGACUGAUGUCUUGAGAUGUUGCUUCAAUAUAUCCACAUAAUUUUCCUUCCUCAUGAUGCCAUCUAUUUUGUGAAGUGCACCAGUCCCUCCUGCAGCAAAGCACCCCCACAGCAUGGUCCUGCAACCCCCGUGCUUCACGGUUGGGAUGGUGUUCUUCGGCUUGCAAGCCUUCCCCUUUUUCCUCCAAACAUAACGAUGGUCAUUAUGGCCAAACAGUUCUAUUUUUGUUUCAUCAGACCAGAGGACAUUUCUCCAAAAAGUAUGAUCUUUGUCCCCAUGUGCAGUUGCAAACCGUAGUCUGGAUUUUUUAUGGCGGUUUUGGAGCAGUGGCUUCUUCCUUGCUGAGUGGCCUUUCAGGUUAUGUCGAUAUAGGACUCGUUUUACUCUGGAUAUAGAUACUUUUGUACCUGUUUCCUACAUCAUCUUCACAAGGUCCUUUGCUGUUGGUAUGGGAUUAAUUUGCACUUUUAGCACCAAAGUACGUUCAUCUCUAGGAGACAGAACGUGUCUCUUUCCUGAGCGGUAUGACGGCUGCGUGGUCCCAUGGUGUUUAUAGAUGCGUACUACUGUUUGUACAGAUGAACAUGGUACCUUCAGGCGUUUGAAAAUUGCUCCCAAGGAUGAACCAGGCUUGUGGAGGUCUACAAUUUUCUUUCUGAGGUCUUGGCUGAUUUAUUUUGAUUUUCCCAUGAUGUCAAGUAAAGAGGCACUGAGUUUGAAGGUAGGCCUUGAAAUACAUCCACAGGUACACCUCCAAUUGACUCAAAUGAUGUCAAUUAGCCUAUCAGAAGCUUCUAAAGCCAUGACAUCAUUUUCUGGAAUUUUUCAAGCUGUUUAAAGGCACAGUCAACUUAGUGUAUGUAAACUUCUGACCCACUGGAAUUGUGAUACUGUUCGCUGCUCUGGCACCCCAAUGGUGGAACAAGCUCCCUCACGACGCCAGGACAGCGGAGUCACUCACCACCUUCCGGAGACAUUUGAAACCCCACCUCUUUAAGGAAUACCUGGGAUAGGCUAAAGUAUUCCUUCUAACCCCCCCCCCCCCCCCCCCAAAUUGUAAAGUGGUUAUCCCACUGGCUAUAGGGUGAACGCACCAAUUUGUGAGUCGCUCUGGCUAAGAGCGUCUGCUAAAUGACGUUAAUGUGCCCUUGAGCAAGGCACUUAACCCUAAUUGCUCCUGUAAGUCGCUCUGGUUAAGAGCGUCUGCUAAAUGACUAAAAUGUAAAAUGUAAAUGUGAUACAGUGAAUUAUAACUGAAAAAAUCUGUCUAUAAACAAUUGUUGGAAAAAUUACUUGUCAUGCACAAAGUAGAUGUCCUAACCGACUUGCCAAAACUCUAGUUUGUUAACAAGACAUUUGUGGUGUGGUUGAAAAAUGAGUUUUAAUGACUCCAACCUAAGUGUAUGUAAACUUGCGACUUCAACUGUACUAUCCUACCCGCGUCCUGGCACUCAGCGCCACCACAUUAAGUCUUAAAGUUGCGUGUUCGAUUCGAAAUUUGUUGCUCAUUUAGUUUAAUAUUUCCCCCUAUCGUUUCAGAGAAGCUGAUCGCGCUCAGAAGAUAUACGGAGGCGGCCAUAUUGUUGGAGCAGUAUGCCAAGGACUGUGAGGAGGCCAUCUCGGCUCUGGUCACAGGUGCAGUCUGGGAAGAAGCACUUCGACUGGUGAGUUAACAAGAUGGCCUCCAUUGUGCAACACGCUCUACAAAGUCCUCCCAAGACAAAAUGACAUUGUCUUUUUUCUGUUCUAGGUGUAUUUGUACAACAGACAAGACAUCAUUGAAACAAACCUCAAACCAGCUCUCUUGGAAGGUAAAACCCCAAUUUUUCAUUGGUGAAUUUAAAUGCUCUUGAUAGUGCUAAUGAUGUUUCAGUGUGCAAUAUAUUUGUUUUAUGUAAUCUUUAUGGCACCAAAUGUAUAUACAUUGGUUUGAUGAACACUGUUUUCUUUAGCAUGUAGUUCUCAGACGACCUACCUGGAAGCUCAGAUGGCGAUGUUGAUUCGUCACAAAACCCGUCUGGCCGUGGUAUGGGAGGUUAAGGAAAAGGACAGGCUGGAGUUACUGGGUAAACCAGCAUUACUUACAGAAGAAUACCGUUUUUGUAAUAGCUUAAGGGGCUUUGAGAACUGGCUUGUCCAUGUUAUACUGACCUGCCUCCCUCUCUCUGUUUCUCCCUUUCUCUCCCUUGUUCUGACUCUCCCUCUCUCAUUCCAGAUGAGGAUGUCCCAGACUGUCCGGAGGCAGAGCUCUAUUCAGAGGGCCAGUAGUGUGAUGACCGGCAGCCAUGCCGUCUCCAAGUACUCACAUAGUAACUCCUCGUGAGUCAGCCCUUUACACAUCUGUAUGAAUUACAUGAAAUACCUAGUGGAUGUGGGUUUGGGACUUGGUAGUAAGAUUUCAGUAGUCUCAGUAUGAGAUAGGAACUAACCUCUGUCUCUUAGGAGGUCAUCUAAGAACAGCCGGAAGGCUGAGCGCAAGAAGCCGAGUCUGAAGGAAGGAAUCCCCCUAGAGGACAUGGACCUACUGCACGCCCUGGCAGAUAUCAUCCACUCUGUGGACAAGAUAAGAGGUGGGAGACGCACAUUCUUACCGAUCCUUUCUUUCUCUCUAUCUCUUAUCCCUUUGGCCUAUUCUCACUCAUACUGAUGUGAAUAGAAUUACAGUUAUCUGGUGAGAAUAGUUUUUAAUCGUCUCAUUCAUGUUUGGUAUAGUGGUUCUUCUAAGGUAGAGUCAUGUGGGCAGGUCCUGUGUGAUUGACAGUUUUAUGCUCUGCCCCUGCAGGGGAGGUGCACAGCCUACUGAAGGCCAUGAUGCUGUUCCAAUUUGACGGACAGGCGGGGAGGCUGCAACAGGCCUAUGGGGAGGCUCUCCAGAUGAUGGAUGCGGCCCUUCCUGAGGUGUGGCAGGAGGGUCUUCAGCAGAGUCAGGCUCCGGUGAGACACAAACACACACACACACACACACACACACUCAGACUUGUUCUUAGGAGUUAAUUUAACCUGUGUUUUUAAUUUUGUUCUCCAGAUCUCAGGUCCUAACUCCACAGCCAACAGCAUCAUGGCUUCAUUUCAACAGCCAAGACCCUCAGCAACCCAAGGUAGGUUUUAGUAGUAUUAGCCUAUUUAUUACUAUUGAAAAUACACCAUUUACUCAUUUGUUUAGUAAUAUUAGGUGCUAAAAUCAAAUGUUCUUAUUACCUUUUUAGUUUAUUAAUAUAGUAUACACGCUUCCUCUGAUUCAGAGACUCCCCCACCCCCAAAGAUGAGAAAUGGUGUUAAGUGGAAGCUGAGUAUUUUG